AUGGGGCUCAUCGCAGACACACCCACAAUAAUCAAAGCUGCAGGUAUCCCCCUAUCUCGCGGCAUAGACGAUCCUCGACCACCAGAAAUUAGUGUCACCAAGGGCAUCAGAUUCAACGAGGCUGGAGACAAUGCACGCGAAAACUUUGUUUUGAGUGAAGAAACACAGGAGAACAUUACAAAGACGAAUCGCAGGCCAUAUGAUCGUGUUGUUUGCGGUGUGCUGCUGAGGGCGUAUAUGCUUGCCCCUCGCCAGUUUCGUGUAAGUGGGGAUGGCAUGUGGGACGAUGAAAUGGAAUGGGUCCCGGUUCGCAAAUUAUACCAUGACUUGUGGCCAGAUGAAGAGAUCAACAGUCCGUUGGAAUAUUAA